AUGUCGUCUCACACCUUCUGUGGUGACUCCUUCUCACCUCUGGCUGGUGACUUGUCUUCUCUGCCCAUCUUCAUGCACCACACCUCCGCAAGCCAGGACUGCCUGCCAGCCUCCUCACACGCUCACAGCAUGGUGUCGGCAGUGUCUUCUGGGCUGUCCCUCAGUCAGUCUGCCAAACGUCCUCAUAUGCAACUGGCCUCCUCGUCCUUGGCAAACAGUCUUGGCUCCGCCCCCCCAAGCCUGCACUACCCCGUCACACCAUGUCACUAUAGCAACCAGCAGACCGCCUAUGGUAUCAUGGCAGCUCAGGAGAUGUUAUCAGCAAGUAUUUCCCAGACGUGCAUCCUGCAAACAUGCGGCGUUCCUCCGCCCAACAUGGUGAGCGCUGCAAACCCGCUGCAAGUGUGGCGCCCCCUAGAGGAGGCCACCACGUCCACUUGCGCCGCCGCCCAUGAGAGCUCCGCCGCGCCGACGCAGAGCAGCGCCGAGUGCGUCGAGGAGGCUCCGAGCCGCGGGGGAGUGAGCAGCAUCAGUGUCGGCCUGCAGGGUCCAGCAUCACCUCCGAGAGGCAGCGGGAGAAGCAGCCCACAAAUAAACACCUUUUUUGUUUUUUUUCCCGGGGUGGGCGGAGCAGACGUCUGCGCGCGUGAAAAGGGGAACAGCAUCGACAUCAGCACCACCAUCACCAUCAUCAUCAUCUCUUAG